AUUACUUCAGAUUUCCAAGCAACCCAGAAAAUUACCUACCGAAUUUCUGGAAUGGGAAUUGAUCAACCCCCUUUUGGAAUCUUUGUUGUUGACAAAAACACUGGAGAAAUUAACAUAACAGCCAUAGUUGAUCGUGAGGAAACUCCAAGCUUCCUGAUCACGUGUUAUGCUCUAAAUGCCCUAGGACAGAAUGUAGAGAAACCACUUGUAUUAACAGUUAAAAUUUUAGAUGUCAAUGACAAUCCUCCAGUAUUUUCACAAAGUAUAUUCAUGGGUGAAAUUGAAGAAAAUAGUGCUUCAAAUUCACUGGUGAUGAUAUUAAAUGCCACAGACGCAGAUGAACCAAACCACUUGAACUCUAAAAUUGCCUUCAAAAUUGUCUCUCAGGAACCUGCAGGCACACCCAUGUUCCUCCUAAGCAGACACACUGGGGAAGUCCGUACUUUAACCAAUUCUCUUGAUCGAGAGCAAGUUAGCAGCUAUCGUCUGGUUGUGAGUGGUGCCGACAAAGAUGGAGAAGGACUAUCAACUCAAUGUGAAUGCAGUAUCAAAGUGAAAGAUGUUAAUGAUAAUUUCCCAAUGUUCAGAGAAUCUCAGUAUUCAGCACAUAUUGAGGAAAAUACUUUAAAUUCUGAGUUGCUUCGAUUUCAAGUUAUAGAUUGGGACGAAGAAUUCACAGAUAAUUGGCUUGCAGUGUAUUUCUUUACCUCUGGAAAUGAAGGGAAUUGGUUUGAAAUACAAACUGAUCCCAGAACUAAUGAAGGCAUCCUGAAGGUGGUUAAGGUAAAGCCUAUUUCCCUUCCAUGGUAAAAAUAUUCCAUAUUAGCCCAAACUAUCAU